UGUAUGUAUGUAUAUAUAUAUAUAUACACAUAUAUAUAUGUAUGUGUGCGCGCGCGCGUGUAUAUUAUGUGUAUAAACAUAUGUGUGUGUGUGUGUGUAUGUAUAUAUAUAUAUAUAUAUACAUAAACUAGUAAUAAACACCUUAGUAGUAAUAUUUGACAUAAAGAUCUUUUAUGAUCAACUUAAUAUCUCUAAUAAAAAAGCUAUUCAAAUUAAACAUUUAUAAACUUUACGUCUUUGAUUUUUAACAAAACAAGGAAAACAUAACCUUAAUUGUGGAAAAAAUAACUCAGACAUUUAAGAAGAAUUACUUCCCCAUGGAAAAUAUAUCAAAUAAUUCUAUUUCAACACUUAUUGAUCAUAUAUUUUUUCAUUUAACGGGAUUUGAGUGUAAAGAUCAAUCAAUUAUCAGAGUUAAUAAUGAAAAGUUAUUUAUAAACGGAGACUUGUAUUUUUUACCUAGCCUCAAAUUAUGGAAGACCAUUUUAGUUGAUAAGUUAGAUUGUAAUGAAAACUGUACCAAUAUUUUGCAACAUUGUGCACACACUGGAAAUACUGAGUUAGAACAAGUGGAAAAGAUUAAUACUAAUGAAAAGGUAUUUCAAUCACUCAUUUUAGCUAGUAAUACUUGGAAUUUAAAGAUAACAAAAUGUACUUUACAAAACGAACGGAUUUGUCUAUUUCUGGAAAGACCAACUGUUAUGAAAACUAUUAUAAAUACUGUCAUUCAAAAAGGACCAUCGUUUGGAAGAAACGCAUCUAUAAAUGAAAAUAUUUGCCUAACAUUUCUUCCAGAUGAACAAUCAGAAUUAACUAGCAUGAGAUUACAAUUAAUAAAGGAUAUCAGUGAAAGAAUUUUGGAUUUGCAAGGAUACAGUAUAUGCAAAAAAGUUUGCCCUCAUUCUGUUGUAUUAACCAGUAAGUCUCAUAGAGAAACGAUUGAAAAUAGUAAAAAUUAUGUGUGUGGUGUGGUUAAAAAUUCUGAAACAAAUACCAAAGAAAUAACAUUAACUUGGAGCAAAUAUAUACAUAAUAAAAUUGAAACAAUAAUGGAAUUAAACGAACAAAAAUAUCUUGAAACAAACAAACAAGAUACAAAUGAGGAUUCUUUCCUUCGGAAUAUGGCAGAGGCUACUGUCAUUUUUGAAUUACUGGCUAUUAAACCAAGUCGUCCUGUUUCCAUUAAUAUUCAUACAAAUACAGACAGAAGUCUUACCAAUACGAAAGGUGCAUCUUUCAUAUUAUACAAUACUGCUAGAAUAGCUGCAAUUAUAGAAAAAUAUAAUGAAGGUAUAUCCAAUGGAGAAUAUCCGGAAUUAACAAAUAUCGAGGCUGUAGAUUUUUCUGUUUUAGAUGAUGAGGAUGAAUGGGAACUCAUUUAUAACUUUAUAGUUGGAUAUUCUCAAGCCAUAGAAAACAGUAUCAGGCAUAAACCCAAUUUUCAAAUCUGUCCACAAGUUAUAUGCAUGUUUUUAUCACGGCUAUGUCAGAAGUUUAGUAUUUAUUAUAGAAGAAUUAAAAUAUUAACGGAGGGAUAUAAGCAUUUGUAUUCAAAAUUAAUAGCAAGAAUUUACAUGCUAAAAGCAUUGGAAAUUAUUUUACAAAAUACUCUCGCGAUAUUCAAUAUAGAAUCUGUUUCUCGAAUGUAAGAAUUCAUCGAUGAAAUAUUCGCAGGUCGAAUAACAUGUAUUAAUUUCAAUCAAUUAAAUAAUCACAUUAUUUUAUAUAAAUUAAAGAAAUAAAUGAUAAUAUUGUGAAAGGA